GUUUAUAGAAUGGGGAAGGUGAACGCUAGCUCAGACUGUGGCGAUUAAAGAAGUUUCACGUCUGGGUUUGCUCUCAUUAACGUCAAAGAGAGAGAGGGACUCGAGAAGAGAGCACCUGGCGGUUGAAGCGAGAUGGACAGCGGGGAUGACGCUAUUCUCCGGUCCCGCAGCCGAGCCAUUCCCACGAUGCCUACCUUCCCUGACUUGGAUAGCUCUUCGGAUGGGGAGCUUAGUCCGGGAAAACGUCAGCAAAGCAGUGGCGACAACCACAUCACCAGCAAUGGGAAAAUUGAAGUGGAACAUGUGAUCAGCAAAAAACUACAACUAAAAAGGAAAGCGGAGUACUUGAAGGGUGACCUGCUGCGUCAGUUUGACAGCCAGGUCAAUGACUUCAUGGACAGUCUUAUUGAGGAAUCGGCCAGCCUGGAGCCUGCACCUGUACCUGCUGUCUUCUCACCAAUGCUGUCAGACAAGGAACGGAGCAAACUCAAACAUUUUCGGCCUCCUCAUGGUGAAGGGAAGCUGUUUGUAAGCCGCAGAUCCCUCCUAGAUGAGCUGUUUGAGGUGAACCACAUCAGGACUAUCUACCACAUGUUCAUUGCCCUGCUCAUUCUUUUUAUCCUCAGUACACUUGUGGUGGAUUUCAUUGAUGAAGGCAGACUGGUGUUGGACUUUGACCUGCUGGUCUAUGCCUUUGGGCAGUUCCCUCUGGUGGUAAGCACAUGGAUCUGCAUGUUUUUGUCAGUGGUGUUCGUUCCCUACACCCUGUUCUACCUGUGGUCACAGAGCCACUGUGGCUCCCACAGUCACCCCAGAAUGUACUCCUUGCUGUUUGGCUCUUUAUUCCUGCUCUACCAAGCUCUGGGUCUAGGAUUCCUACCCACAUAUACUGUGGUGACCAACAGUUUGCCACCUGCAUCCUGCUUCAUCAUCAUCAUGGAACAGGUACGUUUAAUGAUGAAAGCUCACUCAUUUGUCAGGGAGAAUGUACCAAGAGUCCUCACAUGGUCAAAAGAAAAAAAGGGCCCUGGCCCAGUGGUCCCUCAGGUUUCUCAGUAUCUCUACUUCCUGUUUGCACCCACACUCAUCUACAGAGACAAGUAUCCCAGGAACCCAGUGAUCAGGUGGGGCUACGUGGUCUCAAAAUUACUUCAGGUACUUGGCUGUCUGUUUUAUGCCUAUUACGUGUUUGUGCGGUUGUGCAUACCUCAGUUCCGCAGCAUCAGUCUGCAGCUGUUUGAUCUGCGAGCCAUGGUUCUUUGUGUCUUUAACUCCAUCUUGCCAGGAGUGUUGGUCCUCUUCUUGGGAUUCUUUGCUUUCCUCCACUGUUGGCUCAACGCUUUUGCUGAGAUGCUUUGCUUUUCCGACAGAAUGUUUUACAAGGAUUGGUGGAAUUCAACCUCUUAUGCCAAUUACUAUCGCACUUGGAAUGUAGUUGUCCACGAUUGGCUGUACUACUAUGUGUACCGGGACUUCCUGUGGAUGUCUCAGAAGCGUUGUCGACCAGUCGCCAUGCUCAUUGUGUUUACAGUGUCUGCAGUGGUCCAUGAGUACAUUCUUGCAAUUUGCUUUGGCUUCUUCUAUCCUGUGCUCUUCUGUCUCUUCAUGUGCUUUGGAAUGAUGUUCAACUUCAUUUUGCAUGACAAAAGGAAAGGUCCCAUCUGGAACAUAAUCAUGUGGACGUCCCUGUUCCUGGGUCAGGGAGUCAUUAUCUGUCUCUACUCUCAGGAGUGGUAUGCCCAGCGCUACUGUCCCUUGAAGGAGGCUUCCUUCUUUGAGUUACUGAAGCCUCGCUCCUGGAGCUGUGAGAGAGGCCCGAUGGCAGACUCUGGUGCCCUGUGACCUACAACUGGACUUCUGGGAGGAGGAUUAUCACUGAUCAGUAUAAAUUAGACCAGCCUUUCUGCUGCUGUCACAACUUCUGGUCUUUUGGUCUUUUGUUUGUUUUAUUUAAGGUUAUUUGUUUGUUAUUAGA